GUGGCAUUCAAGAGCACCACAUCGAGUCUCGGGGAUGAGUUUUUCUGGCCGCUACAGUGCAUACGGUAUCGGUACUCAAUUGCAUACACCCCAAACCGAGCCUACCUAUCAAUCACCAGAACGUGCAAUAUAAGUUGUUGGUUGCAAUAAUACUCUAACCUCCCUGGGAUUUUAGUAGGGGUGCGGAUAGCAGUGUAUCAUAUUCUCGUACCGUCUAUCAAAUGACGUUUCAUUCCACGCCACCCGACGAAUUCCUUAGCAACGUCGCUGCCUCUUAAUAUUUACUGCGAGGCGACUGAAAUAAAGCAUAUUUACGAGUAUCAGAAACGGUUCGUCGACAUUGUUACCUCACAAAUCCUAGGGGAGCUCUUUAGCGAAGAUUGCUGCGGUUGUUAUUACUUCGUUUGUGGGCGCCUUCAUUUUCUGUACCUUGCUCUUCCAGGAUGUUAUUAUUUGGUCGCGAAAAAGACCAGAUAUUCCUCGAGUUGGUCCUAAGCCAGGGGUUUUUGGAAAUACAACCAAGAGUUAUUUUUAUAGUCACAGUCUCGAACUCGUGAAAGAAGGCUACGAUCGUUGCUCGUAGUCACGUGUGGGUAAAUCAGCUGACUAGUACAUAGUACAAAGAUGGUCUUUAUUCAUUAUGGACUACAGAUAUGGACAGGGUAAUUGUGUCUCGGAAGUUCAUGAAAGACUUCGGUACCUUAUCUCGCUCAGAGUUGCAGGUGACUGCCACAAUAAGGCAUGCUGGAGAGGUGGGUGGUUUUGAUUUAUUUAUUCUUCUUUUUUUGGAACUUCACGCCACUGACGUUGAGUACUUUCGCAGGAUACUGGAAUGGAUAUUGUAGAACAAGGUGAUCUUCAGUUUAUCGUUUGCGCUAGCCAGCUUUCUCAAAACAUCAGUAAGGCAUGGAAUGUUCCGAUCUUGUCUUUUAAAUCAACUCAUGAAUAACGAAUGAACUAGGCCGACUUGCUCAGCCAGUGUGCGAUGAAAUUCUUUUUGCUCUGAAUCAGAAGCUUGAAAAAGUGGGCAGUGAAGAUGUUACGUAG